AUGUCAAGUGAAGAUAAACAACAAGUUGAUCAAGCAUCUGUUACACCAUGGAAUUUAACUAUUUAUUAUCGACGAAUUUUUCCAUCACAUAUUUAUUGUAAAUGGCUUGCUUAUGGAGAACCUGCAACAAGUUCACAAUUUGCUCAACGUGAAUUUAGUUUUACACUUGAAAAUGAUGUUUAUCGUCGUUAUCUUUCAUUUUCUAAUCAUAUUGAAUUUGAAAAAGAAUUAAUAAAAAUGUGUCCAGAAAAAAUAGAUAUUGGUGCUGUUUAUUCAGCUAAACCAAAAGAUCAUAAAAUGCUUUCUGCAGCACAAUUUUAUCCAAUUGAACGUGAACUUGUUUUUGAUAUUGAUAUGACAGAUUAUGAUGAUGUUCGAUUUUGUUGUCGUGGUGCUGAUAUUUGUUCGAAAUGUUGGACAUUAAUGAGAUUUGCUAUGCAAAUAAUCGAUCGUGUAUUACAUGAGGAUUUUGGAUUUGAACAUCGUUUAUGGAUUUAUUCUGGUCGACGUGGUGUUCAUUGUUGGGUUUGUGAUCAAACAGCAAGAGAAUUACAAUCAAGUAUUCGACAAGCUAUUGUUGAACAUUUAACAAUUGUUUCUAGUGGAAAAGAAUCAUCAAAACGUGUUACACUUCAUUCUCCACUACAUCCAUCACUUCAACGAGCUCGUGAAAUAAUUUUAACAGAAUUUGAUGGAUAUGCAUGUUUAAAACAAGAUUUUCUUGGAGAUGAUCAACGUAUUGAACGAUUUCUUCGACUUGUUCCUGAUGAAAAUAUCCUUUUUUAA